AAUGUUGUAACGAAUUUUGGAGGGAAAUCAGAUAUUUUUAAUCCGUAUAAAAUAGUAUUCAUUUUAUAUAAAUUAUCAUAAGCAAUGUCUCAAACAACACUUACAACUUUUUUUAAUAGUAGGAAGAGACCAGCUACCGAUGAUAUCGUAAGUUCUAAACACAAAAUUGCCCACAUCGAUCGUACGACAGAAUGUGCUACAAAAUCUAAGAAAAAUCUUAUACCAAAGAACUUUGAACAAGGUACAGUAAAAGAUAAAUUGAACACCAAUAUUAAACAGUCGAAUGCAAUCUCUAAUAAAAUCAAUUCAGAAUUAAAACAAAACGUAAAUGUAUCUGAAGCAGCAGGAAAGAAUAACUUAGCGGAGAAUCCAAAGAAUGUAGAGGCUUUUUCAAAAAAAGUAAACGCUGCAAAUAUUGUUAAAAAUAAUGACCCCUCCAAAAUUCAAAGUGUUGAUUUGGCUAGAAAAGAGCUAAGCCUUGGUGAUAUCAAAAAGAGGUUAACGGGAAGUAGUAGACUAGCUGAACUAAGAGCAACGGCGGAUCGUCUUAGCAAAGGUAUUCAACAGCUCAAAGAUACAACUGAAAAGAAAAAUCUGAAAGAAUUUAAAUCAAUUGAUGUGGAUGUCCCCCAGAGUCCAAGCAAGAAAUCAAUAAUUCGCAAUGAUUUGAUGUCACCUAAGAAGGAAACAAUUACAGAAGUUUCUCAACAGAGGCUUUUUCUAUCUCCUAGAAAAGUAGUUGUCAGCCCUAUCAAGAGCCCCAGCAAGGUACCAGCAUACAUACGACAUGCAUCUCUUGCAUCUUCUACUCCUAGCUUAAAUCUACCUCAUCACUAUAGGUUUUUAGCUGAGUUAUUCCGUAGCAUGGAAACAGCUGUCACACUUCUAUAUAAUAGGAAGGAAAAGAUAACUUUUAGCAAACUGAAGCCAUCUGUACAAGAAAUGCUUAAAAGAACAUUUUCUGAGAAACAUUUGGCUCAAAUAAAGCAUUUAGUUCCAGAUUUCUACAAUUUUGAAGUCCAGAAAGUGAAAAAUUUCAGUACAUCAUCCCACAAAGACACAUUUGAAUUGAUAAUUUCUCCUAAUUUCCCGAAUGACAUCAAAAUGAUUAAUCCUCUAGUACAACUAGAACGACGAAGAUAUUUCUAUGAUACACUCUUACAAGUGGUUAAGAAGCAUCAUGCCCAAUUCUUGGCAUCUCUUGACCCACCAAUUGAUAUACCAGAUAACAAAUUGGUUCGUUGGCAUCCUGAGUUUGACCUGGAAAAAAUUCCAGAAAUAGAAUGUGCCAAGUUGCCUGAAAUGCCUAAUACUGAGAAAUAUUCUUCAGCUCAAGAUGUUCUUGCCAAAGCAAGGGAAUUGUUUAAAUGUAACACAAAGAUGGAAAGGGCACUGGAGAAACUUGCACAGGCCAAAGCAAGAGGCUUAACUGAACAAGAAAAAGCUGUAACAGGAAUAAAUGAUACUCCAGUUACAAGAAAUAUUUCAACACAAGCAAGUCAAUCAACAAGUGGAGUACAAAUCUUAAAUCCGGCACUUCGCAAUUUGCCAACCGCUUUAUUAGAGAAAGUAAAGGCUAAACAAGCAGCUAAAGCCCUUGAAGCUAUGACAAGAUCUACUGAAUAUGAGCAAAACUAUUUAACCUAUAGUAGACUUCCUGAUCUUGCUAGGACCUUGAGAAACAUUUUUGUUACGGAAAGAAAAAAUGUUUUAGCGCUGAAUGUUGUUCUGUCUAAACUAGACAGCAGUUUUAAGUCUAAUGUCUCUGCUAGUGAUUUACACAAAGACAUUAAACUGAUAACAGAAGAGGCUCCUGAGUGGAUUAAACUACAUGAUAUUAGAAACACUACUUAUUUAAAAUUGGAUAAAAAUACAGAUUUAAAAGUCAUUACUUCCAAACUAGAAAAUGCUGCAGCCAAAUACAAAACAAAUUAGAUUUAAUUGAUCAAUGACUGAUUUUAAUAACACAUAGAUUUAAUUAUGAAUAAGAAUACAAAUUGUAUUUAUAAUUAGUUUUUAUCUCUAUGUGUAGUCAACUUAAUAUAUUGUUAGCUGUAAUAAUAUUUAAUAAUUAGGAAUAUGACAUGAAAUUUAUUAUCUUAAGUUUUUUUUUGACAUCUAUUUGUAAUUAUUAUAAGACAAACAUUUUUGUAUUCAAAUGGUGAUGAUGCAAGCAAUUGUAUGUUUCUUUUGACAUUAUGCAAUUUUGUUGACAUCUCAUUUUCUUGUAUAAAAUUUACAAUAGGUAUUAUAAAUGUGUCUUUUCUUCUUUCAUCAAGUUUUUUUUUUUAGUUACAAUCAUUGACGAGUUUCGACAAGUUUUUCUGAAACUCUGAUGAUACUUAAAAUGAGUGUUCCGAUUAAA